CCUGCCCGGAGAGGUGCCGGGCCGCACUUCCUCAGCGCCCCGCGGAGGCGGUGCAGCAGCCGCGGACCAUGGCCCAGCGCCGGGAGCCGAGUCCCGCCGCGCCGCUGGACCGGGAGCUGGCGGCGCUCGGGUGGUACCACGACAAUCUCACGCGGCACGCAGCAGAAGCGCUGCUGCUCUCCAACGGGCAGGAUGGGAGCUAUCUUCUGAGGAAGAGUAAUGAAAGGGAAGACUUGUACUCUCUCUCUGUCAGGGGAAAAGAUUCUGUGAAGCACUUCCAUAUUGAAAAUACGGGAACUUCAUUCAAAUUUGGAUUUAAUGAAUUUUCUAGCUUGAAGGAAUUGGUCAUGCAUUUUGCAAACCAGCCUUUAAUCGGAAGUGAAACAGGAACUUUAAUUGUAUUGAAGCAUCCUUACCCACGGCAAGUGGAAGAACCUUCCAUUUAUGAGUCUGUCCGAGUUCACACUGCAAUGCAGACAGGAAGGACAGAAAGCCACCUUGUCCCAAAUGCUCCCUCACUUGGCACCAAAGAAGGAUAUUUAAUAAAACAAGGCAAAAUAGUCAAGAACUGGAAGACAAGGUGGUUUACACUGCAUAGGAAUGAACUUAAGUAUUUCAAAGACCAGACAGCCACGGAACCAAUUCGAGCACUUGACUUAACGGAAUGCUCAGCUGUGCAAUUUGACUAUUCUCAGGAAAGAGUGAAUUGUUUCUGUUUAGUGUUCCCACUGAGGACAUACUACCUGUGUGCAAAAACUGGGAUAGAAGCUGACGAGUGGAUUAAAAUACUGCGAUGGAAACUGUCACAAAUACGGAAGCAGCUGGAGGAGCGCAACACCAUCCUCAGUUCCUAGCUGUGUGCCAGGACUCCUGCUGUGCUGGCAGGAAUUGCCUCUCCAAGGGGAAGGUGUUGCUUACCAGAGGGCAGUUUCACAUCUCCACUGCUGUCUGUGCCCCACACAGAUGUGUCACCCAGCUCUGCACACACAGGAUCCCUGCAGCUCUGGCUGYUCUGGGGCUGCCGACCCAUGCGUGGGGACAGCUGCAAAACCAGAGCGUGGGUUUGAAUGUGUGUGGUGUAUGCCUGUAAUGCACUUAAUUUGAACACCUGCCAACAAAUCACAGAAGUGGCCACUGUUCAAAACUUUUGUGGCUAUUCAGAGCGCUCUUAGUAAUUCAUUGCAAGCUCCAUCACAACGAAGCAUAAGUAUCAUAUUCUGUAACCUGGAGCAUUUUAUUUAAAAAGUGUAAUAUCUGGAAACAUUAGAUAUGUUUUUAUUACCUGUUCAGACUUUAAACCAAAAGAAAAAUGACACAAGUAAUUAUUUUGUAAAUAGUCCCUCUAUUGCAAUCCAGAGAGUAUUUCAAAGCCCUUGUCAAAGUGAUGGGUGUGUGACACUUGGUUCUGGUCAAACAURUUUUUAUAUGGUUUAGCUUUAUACCACACUGAUGGCUACAUGUGAACACAUUUGUGUACAAACCAGCGUUAUGAGAAACAGUAGCUGCCUCCUGGCACUCAAAGGACACACAUUUAAGCCUGCUGUGGCUCACUACAGAGCCAAGAAGUGGAACCCCAGGACUUUGAUGCUAUACUCAAAAUAGAUGUUACAUUUUGAAAGCAAAGUUUGACACACUGGAGAAACUCAAGACCAGCUUCACGCACCUGCAAGAUCCUUUGAGCAACCCUGUGCCUCCUUAAAGGG